ACACAAGCUCUCUUUCUCACAUUAAACUUUUUAUUUAGCUUUCUCAAAGAAAAACACAUAUAUCACCCUUGCUAUAGAAAAAUGUCUGUCGUAUCAUACUCAGAGUCAGGAUGGGACACGCAGGAGGAUCGGUGGGACGAUGGGAGGACGACGAGAUGAACACCCCGAUGAAGUGCCUGUUCUGCACGCACACAUCGCAGAGCCCCAUUGUCAUGUUCAGACACAUCAACCAGGUGCACGGCUUCGACUUCCCCAAGACGCGCGCUACACUGAAGCUGGACUUUUACCAGAGCAUGCGCGUAGUCAACUACAUCCGCACGAUGGGGCUGAGCGACGCCAGCUUUGCGCAGGUGUCGGGUUUCUCCAUCGAUGGCACAGAGCCAUUCAUCAAUGACGACGCAUAUCUGAAGCCGGUCAUCGAGGAUGACACGCUGCUGUACGCACUGGAUGAGCUCGAUCUCGAAGACUCGGCCCGCCCGGGCAGCCUGGCGCGGACGACGCAGAUCGAGGGGCUUGUGGCUGCUGGCGCCUGCGGCAGCCUUGGCGGCAGCGGCGAGACGCUGAAGGAGCGCGAGCUGGUGUCCCGGAUUCGCGCACUGGAGAACCAGCUGGGGCUGCGCGACCGCGAGGUCCGGUUCGUCAGCGAGCAGUUCGACGAGUACCGGCAGAUGGGCGGAGACUACUACUUCAACUCGUACGCGGGCAACGACAUCCACAUGCAGAUGCUGCAGGACAAGGUGCGCACCGAGGGGUACCGCGACUUCAUCUACGAUAACAAGGACAUCUUCAAGGGCAAGGUCGUUCUGGACGUCGGCUGCGGCACGGGCAUCCUGUCGAUGUUUGCGGCGCGCGCCGGCGCAGCGCGCGUCAUCGCGGUCGACAACUCGGACAUCAUCCACAAGGCGCGCGCCAACGUCCUCGAGAACAAGCUGGACGGGGUCAUCACGCUGGUCAAGGGCAAGAUCGAGGACCUGGAGCUGCCCGUGGCGCAAGUCGAUAUCAUCAUCUCCGAGUGGAUGGGGUACUUUUUGCUGUUCGAGGCCAUGCUCGACUCGGUGCUGGUCGCGCGCGACCGCUUCCUGGCGCCCGGCGGCCUGCUCGCGCCCAGCGCAUCGUACAUCUACCUGACGGCGAUCAGCGACGUGGAGUAUAUCAACCAGCAGGUCAACUACUGGGACGACGUGUACGGCUUCAAGAUGUCGGCCAUGAAGACGCAGGGCGUCAUCAGCGAGGCCGACGUCGAGGUCGUGCCGGCCGCUGCCGUCAUGGCCACGCGUGCACUGCUUGCCGAGAUCGACCACGGCACCACGACGCCCGCGGCGCUGGACUUUGCCAGCGACUUUGUGCUCGAGGCCACGCGCGACGCUACGCUGCACGCGUUCCUCGGGUACUUUGACGUGGCAUUUUCGCGCUCGCAGGCGGCGGCAGGCCCCGGCCCCGAGCAGCUCGGCGCGCCCGUGUCGGAGACGCAGCGCGCGCUGUGGCGGCAGCCCGAGUCGCGCAUGAACGGAUUCACAACGGGCCCGCACGGCACGGCGACGCACUGGAAGCAGACGGUCUUUGCGCUGCACGAGCCCAUCGACGCCAAGACCGGCGACCAGGUGCAUGGCCGCUUCGUCUGCAAGAAGAGCGCAGCCAACCCGCGCGAGCUUGAUCUAGAGAUCACGUACUGCCAUGUGCCGGCCGCAAUGAAGGACCGGCCGGACGCGGCAGCCAGCGCGACCACGAAGCACCAGAAGUACCAGCUCAAGUGAGCUAAAAGGGAGUU